AUGCUGUCGGCGUACGAGUUUUAUAAGCCUCAAAAGGGCAAAAGGACUGUUGAAAGCGACAUUGAAUUGAAAAGUACUAUUGAAAUGUUAGCUGAAGUUAGUAAACGUAUCAAACUCGAACAGCCCUCUGACAUACUGAUCUCUUCAUCUCCUACCAAAAGCAAAAAGUUGGAAUCCGCUUCAAAAAGACGACGAAAACACGAAGCUUUGAAACUCAACAAAACAAGAAAGCGAAUUCAUUCUCCUGAAAAGAAUAAUACCAAGCGUUCCAGAAUGUCAAACGCAUCUACAAAGGGAGAGGGCUGUAUUAAAAUUGAAAUCGAAUCUGUUCCUGAUCUUGUUGAAGAACCUGUUAUCGAAGAGGAAGUCAUAAAUUCGCUUGACUUGGGGGGCCACCUUUUCGAUUUUCUCAUCUCUCCUAUCUCUAUGACCGACUUUGCAAAGUAA